AUGCUCCUUUGCAUUGGCCUUGCUGCAUUGCUGGUGUUUUUACUUACGAUUAAUAAAGCAAUAACAACCACAACAACUGCAACAACUACUACAACAACAAGCGCAACAACAACGACCACGACAACAAGUACUUCUACUACUUCAACGACAACAACUACUACUACCACCACGACAACAACCACUACUACCACCACGACGACAACAACAACUACCACACCGACAACAACAACAACUACCACCACGACAACAACCACUACUACCACCACGACGACAACAACAACUAC